GAUGCAGAAUUCAUUGCACCUCCCAACUCAGUCUAUCAGUUUCCUUUCCUACCUCUAAUUAGCAGAAGAACCAUGGAUUCCAAAAACCAGCAGCUGUACCGAUCCAUCCUUUUCACCUUGCUAUUCAUUUUGGGAACUUUGGCUUCUCAAGUUGCAUCUCGUUCCCUUCAAGAGGAAUCAAUGUAUGAGAGGCAUGAGCAAUGGAUGACUAGCUUUGGCCGUGUCUACAAGGAUGCUGCUGAGAAGGAGGAACGUUUCAAGAUAUUCAAGGCCAACGUGGAAAUGAUAGAAUCUUUUAACAAAGCUUCAAACAAGCCUUACAAGCUUGGGGUUAAUCAAUUUGCUGAUCUUACAAAUGAAGAGUUCAAACUGCGCAACAGAUUCAAGAGUCACGAAUGCUCCUCAACAACACCUUUUAAAUAUGAAAAUGUGAGUGCAGUGCCAGCUACCAUGGACUGGAGGAAGAAAGGCGCUGUAACACCUGUUAAGGACCAAGGCCAAUGUGGAUGUUGCUGGGCAUUUUCGGCUGUGGCAGCCAUGGAAGGAAUUAAUCAAUUAACAACACGUAAGUUAAUCUCGUUAUCUGAGCAAGAGCUAGUUGAUUGUGACGUAUCCGGUGAAGAUCAAGGUUGCGGCGGUGGUCUUAUGGAUGAGGCCUUUAAAUUCAUUGAACAGAACAAUGGCCUGACCACUGAAACAAACUACCCAUACAAGGGAACUGAUGACACUUGCAACAAAAACAAAGCAGCAAACCAUGCAGCCAAGAUAACUGGGUAUGAAGAUGUGCCUGCCAACAGUGAGAGUGCACUACUUAAGGCUGUUGCUAAUCAACCUAUCUCUGUUGCCAUUGAUGCGAGUGGAUCUGACUUCCAAUUCUACUCAAGUGGAGUCUUUACAGGAACCUGUGGCACUCAACUAGACCAUGGUGUCACUGCUGUUGGUUAUGGGACUGCUGCUGACGGGACUAAGUAUUGGCUUGUUAAAAACUCAUGGGGCACGGGAUGGGGUGAAGCUGGAUAUAUAAGGAUGCAGAGAGACAUCGAUGCUCAGGAAGGCCUUUGUGGCAUUGCAAUGAUGGCUUCAUAUCCCACUGCAUAAAAUUUAAAAAUGAAAGACAUUCCUAUGUAGAAUAAUAUGUAUCGCUUAUUAAUUCUACUAUUUCUCAGUUAUUGGUUGUUUAUAGCUAUUGCAAAACGGUGUACUUCCUAUAGUACUGCAUCAAUAUAAAAUUAAUCAUGGCCUUGAUUAUUAUGGGCAACAUGUUAAUUUC